AUGGAAGCUGGAGCUGGGUAUUGUGAUAGAAGUGCCCAAUGGCGAGGGGACAACAAUGUGGCAAAAGGUUGUUGUUCCCAGUCACCGAAUAAUAUGGCAGAAUACGAAAAAGCAUGUAAUAUGGAAUCGAGUCUCUUUCUUGCAACAGGCGCUAAGGAGGUUGAAGGAGGCCUGGAAUGGAAUGCUUCUGAGAUUGUGGUAGGCAAGAAGGAAGAAAACGAGAUAAUGAAGAAGAUCCAUGAUCUGGAGUCUGCUGAUGGAAAGGUGACAGCCUGUCAGCUAUAUUCCGUCAUCUGCAAAGCCCUCCAGUACUACCAUGAUAACAAAAAUCAUUUGCCUGCUGUCGAGCUCCAUCCAACAACUCCUUCUUGGCCUUUUUCAGCCUGGGGUAUAGAUAUUAUUGGCAAGAUCAUACCGGUAGCAUCAAAUGCUCAUCAGUAUAUCUUAGUCGCUGUGGACUACUUUUCCAGAUGGAUUGAAGCUCAGUCCUACAAAACUUUGAAUGCCAAACAAGUGGCUAGAUUUAUUGAGCAAAACAUUUUCUGUUGCUAUAGUGUUCCUCAUCACAUAGUUACAGACAACGGUUCUCACUUCCAAGCAAACGUCAGUCAGUUGUUAUACAGAUAUAAGGUUGAGCAUCACCAUUCUUCUCCUUAUCGGCCUCAAGCUAAUGGUGCAGUGGAAGCGGCCAAUAAAGAUAUUAAGAGAAUUCUGUCCAAAAUUUGCGAGAAGUAUAGAAGCUGGGCUGAGAAACUUCCUUUCGCACUUUGGGGGCAUCGAACUACCUCCAAAUGA